AUGCAUGCUCAGGGAACUUUCCUGGCUGUUGCUGCUGGCUCACGUGCUGCAGUAAUGACCCUCUUGGAAGGCCAGCCCUGCCAUCUAAAACCAGGGGAUCUGCUGGCGGCAGCAGCAAGCAGAAUAACUGCCAUUGCUUGGCUGAGUGUCGUGGCGCGGGGACCACAGCACUCAUCUGCAAGGGAAAGCUUGGCAAAUUACAUUAUGGUGGGCACAGAGGCUGGACACUUCAUGGUGUAUUUCAUGGAUGGGGUUGUGGGAGUGCAAAAGAAGCUUCACGAUGGUCCGAUUCUGAAUAUACGAUCACGACCAUUGUGUCAAGGCAGCAGCGACACUGGGUCGCAAGCUGGUCAGGGAAAUGCCCUCAGCAGUGGAGGGGAGGAUAAAGAAGACGUAACUGUGGUGUUCAGCGACACCCUCGUUUCCAUACAAGUCCCAGAACUUCUCGCCCUGCUCAAGUUUCAGGAAGCUUCUCCUGGCCAGAUGCUGAGUCCAGCCUUCAGUCUGAACCAUGCGAAGUAUGGCCAGUCCAAGAAGAUGGGCUCCCGGUGCGAUGGACUCUGCCUCGGCCCCCAGUGUCCAAGCCUGAAGGGUCUGCUCACCCAACGACCAGACAAGGACAUUCACCCAGUUGGGAUUGUGGCAGGUGGACAUGCGCCUGCGAUUGCAUUUCUGGAAGCAUCAGGGGAUGCAGGAGGUAGUGGAUGGGGUGUGGUGAAGUCGCUGGCAUCCACCGUGACCUUCGGGAUUCCAGGCAAGGCUUGGAGUGCAGGAAAGAAGGCUUGGAGGAAAGGUGCAUCGUGGUGGUCGCAACAAGAGGCUGAUGAUAAGCGCAUGGUGCCGACAAUGCCAACAAAGCUUCGGCGUUCCCUGAGGGAUGACUCGCGGGAAGUCUCGUCACUCGCAGUUGCCCCAGGGUGCCGCUUGGCCGCAAGUACAGACAAUCGUGGCAGAGUUGUUCUCAUCGAACUGGCCAAGAUGGUGGUGGUUCGGAUGUGGAAGGGGUACAGAGAGGCGCAGUGUGCCUGGCUGACGUGCACAGACCACGCCUCAAACGCCACAGAUAUGAGAGGCGGCUCAACAGCUGCCAGCGCAAAGGCCGCUGCUUCCCCUCUGCUGUGCUUGGCCAUUUGCGCCCCGCGUCGGGACGUCAUCGAGGUUUGGCCAAUGCGGUACGGCGAUCGGUUAUGCAGCCUGCCAGUGGGCCCAGGUCCCCUGCUUCUGCAGGUGACGCCGCCGAUGGGCCUCAAGGACCGUGCGUGGCCAGUAGACUGCUACUGCCUCGAGGUGGACUCUGGGCACCUGUGGAGCGUGUCAGACCGCGUGUCGGCCUUGCUGAGGAGGUCACGUGCAAACAAGGGUGCCUAG